AUGGCCGAAUUUAUACCGGAUGUGAUGCGAACAACGUAUGUGGCCACGAUCCAAGCGUUCUUACCUGGCAAGUUUGACGACUCGCCCGCGACCAACGUCGCCAACUUCAACAAGGCGUUUGCUGCCCAGUCGCAGUACAAGACACUUCGUGAUUUACUCGACCUGAGCGGCCCAGACUGCGGCAACACGCGGACAAAUGUCGCUCCCAAGCCGAUUCCUUCCGAUGGCAUGAUGACGUGGCAGAACCCGGACACGGGCGAGGGGUUCAUUCCGAGCCACACGGGUCCGUGCGAGAUCUGGCUCGACAACAACCGCGUGUUUCAAAACGACAACUGCGCCACCAACUUUCCGACUGCCCCCGCAGCACGACUGCCGGUGGACUAUACAAAAUGUGGUCCGAACGGGUGCAUGUUGCGCUUUUAUUGGCUUGCGCUGCACCAGCCCCAGUGGCAAGUCUACAAAAACUGCGUGCCACUGCAAGGCAACGAGCAGGGAUCGACACCCACCGUCGCCCCCGCGCCAGCGACGACACCCACCGUCGCCCCCGCGCCAGCGCCAGCGACGACUUCGUCGUCGACAUCGGCCCCAUUGAACGGUGGUCAGUGCUCCAACGUGGCGAUCGGCGUCGACUACUACGGCAACGACGUCAACAGUCUCUACGUCUCGGGCACCGACCAAGACAAAGUGACGGCCUGUUGCACUGCCUGCACGACCACCAUCGGUUGCAACGGCUUCACCAUCAACGGCGAGACGUGCUGGCUCAAGAGCAAACUCGUCAAUGCGAGCACCUGUCCCAACUGCAUUUCGGCGUCCUUCGUCACCUCGACGACAACGCAAGCCCCGCCUCUGAACGGCGGCAAAUGCGGGACUGUUCAAGAGCAGGUCGACUACUACGGCAACGACCUCGGCCUUUUCCGCGUCUCGGGCAGCGGCCAGGACAGAGUGACGGCUUGCUGCACUGCCUGUACGACGACCAUCGGUUGCAACGGCUUCACAGUCAACGGUGACAUGUGCUGGCUCAAGAGCAAACUCGACGUCGCCACCAGUUGCCCCAACUGCCUCUCGGCGGCAUUUAGUGGCCCGUCGUACCCGACGCAAGCCCCGCCUCUGAACGGCGGUCAGUGCGCCAACGUUCAAACCGGAAUCGACUACUACGGCAACGACCUCGGUAACCUCUACGUCUCGGGCACCGACCAAGACAAGGUGUCGGCGUGCUGCAGUGCCUGUACGCAGAAAAUUGAUUGCAUGGGCUUCACAGUCCACGGUGACAUGUGCUGGCUCAAGAGCAAGCUCCUCAACCCGACGCUCUGUCCCGACUGCAUUUCGGCGUCGGCGGGCAGCAAGGCGCAGUGCGGCAGCAUUGCGAGCAACACCGACUAUUAUGGCAACGACAUUGCCAGCUUCCAAGUCCUCGGCGACGAUCUGUCGCAGCGCACGCAGUGCUGCAACGGCUGCGCAUCGACAAGCGGGUGCGUCGGGUUCGCGAUCAACAGUGGCACGUGCUGGCUCAAGAACAAACUCGGCGACAAGAGCAACUCGCCUGGCGUCGUCUCGGGCAGCUACCCCGCCUAG